UCCUAUCCUCAAUUUUUGUUUUUGUAGCGAUGGAUUUUCUCCCGUCCAGCAUCGGUCAUCUUAUUAGCCAUAUUCACCCUACGUUUGCACGAGCUCUGUCCUCCAAUUAAUGCCAUGGCUUCCUUGCCCGCAGUUUUUACAUGGCCAAGCUCCUUCUCACCAAGCUCUUCUCCUCCUCCCCCACAAAAUCCAAGGAAGAGUUCACCCAUCUGUGCUCCAGAGGAUUCCUUCGACAGGCCCUUCACGGAUUCCUUCCUGAGGUCUUCGCUGACCCAAAUCUCUUUUCUUGUCUCCUAAAAGCCUGUUCCACUUCACAUGAAUCCCUCUCCCAUGGCCGGCAGCUCCACGGCUUCAUUGUCACUUGCGGCGCCUCCGCCGACCGUUUCACUGCCAAUCACCUCCUUCACAUGUACGCCAAACUCGGUAACCCGCAGGCUGCCGCCUUGCUGUUUGCCGGAAUGCCUCGUAAGAACAUCAUGUCCUACAACAUUCUCAUUGGCGGCUGUGUUCAAAGCGGGGAUCUCAACUCCGCCCGCAAGCUAUUCGACGAAAUGCCCGAGCGGAACGUCGCCACCUGGAAUGCCAUGGUCACCGGAUAUACUCAUUUCGGGUUUGAUGAAGAAGGUUUAGAGUUUUUGUCUCAGAUGAGGAGGUUGGGCCUGCAUCCCGACGAGUUCAGUUUAGCCAGCGCUUUGCGGUGUUGUGCUGGUUUAAAAGAUCUCACCUUUGGCCAGCAGAUUCACGGUUACCUCAUUCCAUCUGGAUUUGAAGCGGAUAUUUGUGUUGGGAGCUCUCUUGCUCACAUGUACAUGAAAUGCGGCCGUCUCCAAGAAGGGGAGAGAGCAUUGAAUGUAAUGCCUGUUCUUAAUGUCGUUUCCUGCAACACAGUCAUCGCUGGGAGGGUGCAGAAUGGAGAUUAUGAGGGUGCUCUCAGCCAUUUCAGCUUGAUGAUGGCUUCAGGCUUUACGCCCGAUCAGGUCACUUUUGUGAGUGUUAUAAGUUCUUGCUCUGAAUUGUCAGCUCUUGGCCAAGGGCAACAAGUCCAUGCGCUAGCAAUCAUAACUGGAGCUGAUUCAUCAGUGCCAGUUACAAGUUCACUUGUCAGCAUGUACUCUAAAUGCGGUUCUUUACAGGAUUCCAUCAAUGUGUUUGACGAUUCAUCAGACGAAUCUGAUCUUGUUUUGUGGAGUGCAGUGAUUGCAGCCUAUGGAUUUCAUGGGCAUGGGAGGAGGGCGAUUGAGCUAUUUGAGAAGAUGAUAAAUAAUGGAAUCGAGCCAAGUGAGGUUACCUUCCUGAGUAUUUUAUAUGCUUGCUGUCACAGUGGAUUGAAAGGCGAGGGAUUAUGGUAUUUGGAGCUGAUGAAGAAGAAGUAUGGACUGCUGCCUUCAUUGAAGCACUACACUUGCAUUGUGGAUCUCCUAGGCCGGGCAGGGCACCUAAAUGAAGCUGAAGCACUGAUCAAAUCCAUGAAUGUGGAAGCAGAUGGAGUUAUAUGGAAGACCCUUUUGUCUGCCUGCAAAGUUCACAAGAAUGCGGUGAUGAUGGAGAGGGUGGCUGAGCAUGUCUUGAGGCUGGACCCUGAGGAUUCAGCUUCUUAUGUUCUCAUCUCAAAUGUCAGAGCUGCUGCUGCAAGAUGGAAUGAUGUUUCAGAUGUUAGGAGCUCCAUGAAAGAGAGGAAGGUGCGGAAGGAACCUGGAGUCAGCUGGAUGGAGCUCAAAGGUGAGAUCCAUCAGUUCUCUACUGGCGAGAGAUUGCAUCCCAGGCAAAAUGAGAUUGAUGAGUACUUGAGAGAAUUGAUUGGUAAAAUGAGAGAACAGGGUUAUGUGCCAGAUACCAGUAUGGUUCUUCAUGACAUGGAAGAUGAGGAGAAAGAAUACAGCUUGGCUCAUCACAGUGAGAAGCUGGCUAUUGCAUUUGCCCUUCUUAGCUUGCCCCAUGGAGCUCCAAUCAGAAUAAUGAAGAACUUGCGUGUGUGCGUUGAUUGCCAUAAUGCCAUUAAAUUCAUAUCUAAGAUUAUGGAGAGGGAGAUUGUGGUGAGAGAUGUUAGUCGAUUUCAUCAUCUUAAAGGUGGAAAUUGUUCUUGUAGGGAUUAUUGGUGAUGUUUUGUGAUAAUGGAUUAUAGCUUUGCAAUAAACGUAGCUUUUGUCACAGGAUUAAAUAAGAUUGUAAAAACUGGACCGAAUAUUGAACCAGAAACGAAACUUUAUGGGAGGAGAAUCUCACCACCACGAAGAUUGUGGAAGUCCAACAAAAUUCAGGAAGAAACUCCUUGAAAAGGGAGAGAAG